AUGCUCAUUCUCGCCCUAAUCACCUAUCUCUUGACCAUCGUCGGGGCUGUGCCCACCACUGGCAUCGUCAUUCGCAACGAGACGUCCUCACCCGCCAGUGAUGUGCUCACCUUCAACAUGGAUCCCGACGUGCGACCACAGUGCGGUUACACAGAGCAGGUGAACAUCAAUGUCAAAGAACGAGGCGAUGCAGCCACGACAAGUGACUACUGCGACCUGCUUUACCUCUACAUCGUCAACACCGCACCCAACGGCAAGACCUCAAAGGAUGUUGACCUUGUCUUCACCUGUCCUGGCACUCCUGGACCCAUCGAUCCCGAAGGAUAUGGUUACCGUGACAUUAAACUCAUCCUCAAUGCGCCAUCUGUCGACGCCUUCCCCCGUGACCAAACCCGCACAGCAGCGACUCUCCAGCUUCUCAACCUGCACGAUGGAGCCGAUAUCACAGUACCGGUGGAGGUGGGUUACUACAUCUCCUCCAACUCGCAGCUGAUCUGGCAAUAUAUUCUUUGUCCAUGA